UGCAGUGUCCAGCUGUGAGUGAAUGAAAGAAGAAUAAACGAUGGAUCUUCAGAACUCCAGCAGUGGAGCAGGACUCCCUGUCCUAAAGAAGAAGAGAACAGCAUCUCCAGCCCCCAGUGGAGUGUCUAUGAAGAGUGAUCGGUCCAUGGGGAAUCCUCCUAAUUUCAGCAGUGAAGCUGUGACCUCUGACCCAAAGAGGAAGAGAGCAGCAUCUCCAGCCCCCAGUGGAGUGUCUAUGAAGAGUGAUCGGUCCAUGGGGAAUCCUCCUAAUUUCAGCAGUGAAGCUGUGACCUCUGACCCAAAAGAGAAGAUUACACUGAAUGUCCUGAGGAAGACGAACGAGAAAGACCUCCCUACCACACUAGAGAGCAAAUUGGCCCCGGCUUGUCAACCAAAGCUCAAAUCCACACUGAGGGAAAAAUGUCAGAGAAUUAAUGAAGGAAUCACAAAUCCUGGAACCUCAGUCCUCCUGAAUGAGAUCUACACAGAGCUCUACAUCACACAGGGAGGGGGUGGAGAGAUCAAUCAGGAACAUGAGGUAAGACAGAUUGAAGAUGCAUCCAGGAAAAGGACAACACAGGAGCUUCCCAUUAAAUGUAACAACAUCUUUACACCAUUACCAGAACAGAACCAACCCAUCAGAACUGUGCUGACUAAAGGAGUUGCUGGAAUUGGAAAAACAGUCUCUGUGCAGAAGUUCAUUCUGGACUGGGCUGAUGGAAAAGCCAAUCAGGACGUCCUCUUCAUUUUCCCUCUUCCUUUUAGAGAACUGAAUCUAAUGAAGGAGAAGAAGCUCAGUCUGGUGAAUCUUCUUCAGCGCUUCUUCCCAGAAACACAAGAUUUAAAACCAAGACAUUAUAAGAGCUACAAGAUCAUGUUCAUCUUUGAUGGUCUAAUGAGUGUCGACUUCCUCUGA